ACCGGUAUGUGACGUCAGCGGCUUGUUGGAUUGAGGUGCUUUGUCCUGUUGAUUUAAUCCCAACUCAUUAAGGAACCGCGAGCAAGUGUCUGCACAAGCGCUCUGGUGGAGAGAAAGUGGCCGGGCGGAAGAAGUGCUAAACAACCCAUCAAGGGAGGUAAGAAGAGCUUAUUUAUGACUUGAAGACACAAAAAGGAGAGAGACGUCUUUACAUUCUGGUCCUAAACCUCUUUACUUUGGUCAAGCAUGCCCACAAACGGAGUUAAUAGAGCCCUGAAGCUCCAGUUUGGACUCAUCAACUAUGAAAACCGCUACCUUACGGCGGAGGCUUUCGGCUUCAAAGUUAACGCCUCGGGGACCAGCAUGAAGAAGAAGCAGAUCUGGACCUUGGAGCAGGACGAGAACGAUGGCCAGGUGGUGUUCCUCCGCAGCCACCUCGGACGCUACCUGGCUUCCGACAAAGACGGGAAGAUCACAUGCGGGGCCGAAGACCCCGAUCCGGAGUGUCGGUUCCUGAUCGUCCCCCAGUCUGAUGGCCGCUGGGCGCUGCAGUCGGAGCCUUACCUGCGUUACUUUGGAGGCUCGGCCGACUACCUGUCCUGCUUCGCCCAGGUGAUUGCGGAGCAAGAGCUCUGGGCUGUCCAUUUGGCUCUGCACCCCCAAGCAAGUCUGUUCAGCGUCGCACGGAAACGUUACGCCCAUCUGUCUGCUUCCGACGGAGAGAUCUCGGUCGACAGCAACAUUCCCUGGGGGGUGGACUCUCUAGUCACCUUAGUGUACCAGGACGGCAAGUACAGCCUGAAAACCUGCGACAGCCGCUUCCUCAGUAACGACGGCAAACUGGUGAAGGAGAACACCAACACCACCAGCUUCACCCUGGAGCUGAAAUCGGGCAAGCUGGCAUUUAAGGACUGUGACGGCAAAUAUCUGACCCCGGUGGGUCCAACGGGUACGCUGCGCUCGGGACGGUGCUCCAAGCCGGGGAAAGAUGAGCUCUUUGACCUCGAAGAAAGUCAUCCACAAGUAAUUUUUCAAGCAGCCAAUAAAAGAUUUGUCUCCGUCAAGCAAGGCGUAAGUAUUUCAGCCAAUCAAGACGUGGACACGGACAUGGAGACAUUCCAGAUGGAGAUUGACAAAAAGAGCAAAAAGUCCAUUUUUAGGACCAACGGGGGGUCCUACUGGACACUUGUGACUCACGGAGAGAUUCAGUCGACUGCAUCGGAAAUAGAGAUCAAUACAAUGUUCGACAUCGAGUGGCGGGGGCAAAGGGUGGCCCUCAAAGCCAGCAACGGAAAGUAUGUAUGCACAAAGAAGAACGGACAGCUCUCAGCAGUGAGUGAUGCAGUAGGAGAGGAUGAAUUGUUCCUGAUGAAGCUUAUCAACCGACCGAUGCUGAUCCUCCGUGGCGAGAACGGCUUUGUGUGUCACCACAAGAACUCCAACACCUUAGACGUCAAUCGAUCCGUCUACGACAUUUUCUCAUUGAUCUUCAACGACGGCGCCUACAAUAUUAAGAGCGUGAAUGGAAAAUUCUGGUACGUCUCCAGCAGCGGCCUGGUGUGCUCGGAUGGAGAAAAACCCGAAGAUUUUUUCCUGGAGUUUCUGGAACACGGGCGCGUUGCUGUAAAGUGUUCGAAUGGCAAGUACCUUCGAGGAGACCAGGGAGGCACACUAAUGGGAGAUCGCACUUCGGUUGAUGCAUCCUCUCUUUGGGAGUACUAAAAUCUUUUUUUUUUUUUUUUUGCAAAAAAAUGGUGCAAAAAGAUGAUUGAUUGAUGUGAAGGAUUGCAUCUUUUGACCACUGGUGCAACUUGAAUUUGUCGAUUGGUAUGUGUUUGUUUGGCGUUAAAUGUGGGUGGAGGGAAAGGCUGGAUGCAAAUAUAGCUACAAUUGAGGCAUAAUGAUGCAAUAUGUACAUAGCUGUUUAUGUCAGCUCACACACGGAGUGGGAUUGGUCGGCUUAACAUUUUAUUGCCUGUUUUUCUACCAACAGCCAGAACGCCCAGUCAAGUUUUUUUUUUAAUCGAGAUGAACAUUGCCAAGCUCGGAAAAUUCGUAGCUAAGUAUAAUAAUUAAAGGGGAACAUUAUCACGAUUUCUAAAGGGUUAAAACCAAUACAAAUCAGUUCCCGGUGGCUUAUUUUAUUUUUCGAAGUUUUUCUCAAAAUUUUACCCAUCACGCAAUAUCCCGAAAAACGGCUUCAAAUUGCCUGAUUUUAACCGUCGUUAUAUCCACCCUUCUAUUGUCCUGUGACGUCACUGCGUGAAGCCACCAGAAACAAAUAUGGCGGAUAGCACAGAAAGGUAUCACAUAGUAGCUCGGAUUCAGACUCGGAUUCAACAGAUUACGCAUGUAUUGAAACGGACGGUUGGAGUGUGGAGGCAGAUAGCGAAAACGAAAUUGAAGAAGAAACUGAAGCUAUUGAGCCAUGUCACGACAGACAGCGGCAACGAGGACGGAUUUGGCGAUCGCCUUCUAACCGACGAUUGCAUCUUUUGACCACUGGUGCAACUUGAAUUCGUCGAUUGGUAUGUGUUUGUUUGGCGUUAAAUGUGGGUGGAGGGAAAGGCUGGAUGCAAAUAUAGCUACAAAUGAGGCAUAAUGAUGCAAUAUGUACAUAGCUGUUUUUGUCAGCUCACACACGGAGGGGGAUUGGUCAGCUUAACAUUUUAUUGCCUGUUUUUCUACCAACAGCCAGAACGCCCAGUCAAGUUUUUUUUUAAAUUGAGAUGAACAUUGCCAAGCUCGGAAAAUUCAUAGCUAAGUAUAAUAAUUAAAGGGGAACAUUAUCACAAUUUCUGAAGGGUUAAAACCGAUAAAAAUCAGUUCCCGGUGGCUUAUUUUAUUUUUCGAAGUUUUUCUCAAAAUUUUACCCAUCAAGCAAUAUCCCGAAAAACGGCUUCAAAUUGCCUGAUUUUAACCGUCGUUAUAUCCACCCUUCUAUUGUCCUGUGACGUCACUGCGUGAAGCCACCAGAAACAAAUAUGGCGGAUAGCACAGAAAGGUAUCGCAUAGUAGCUCGGAUUCAGACUCGGAUUCAACAGAUUACGCAUGUAUUGAAACGGAUGGUUGGAGUGUGGAGGCAGAUAGCGAAAACGAAAUUGAAGAAGAAACUGAAGCUAUUGAGCCAUGUCACGACAGACAGCGGCAACGAGGACGGAUUUGGCGAUCGCCUUCUAACCGACGAUUGAAUCUUUUGACCACUGGUGCAACUUGAAUUUGUCGAUUGGUAUGUGUUUGUUUGGCGUUAAAUGUGGGUGGAGGGAAAGGCUGGAUGCAAAUAUAGCUACAAAUGAGGCAUAAUGAUGCAAUAUGUACAUAGCUGUUUCUGUCAGCUCACACACGGAGUGGGAUUGGUCGGCUUAACAUUUUAUUGCCUGUUUUUCUACCAACAGCCAGAACGCCCUGUCAAGUUUUUUUUUUAAUUGAGAUGAACAUUGCCAAGCUCGGAAAAUUCAUAGCUAAGUAUAAUAAUUAAAGGGGAACAUUAUCACGAUUUCUAAAGGGUUAAAACCAAUAAAAAUCAGUUCCCGGUGGCUUAUUUUAUUUUUCGAAGUUUUUCUCAAAAUUUUACCCAUCACGCGAUAUCCCGAAAAACGGCUUCAAAUUGCCUGAUUUUAACCGUCGUUAUAUCCACCCUUCUAUUGUCCUGUGACGUCAGUGCGUGAAGCCACCAGAAACAAAUAUGGCGGAUAGCACAGAAAGGUAUCGCAUAGUAUCUCGGAUUCAGACUCGGAUUCAACAGAUUACGCAUGUAUUGAAACGGAUGGUUGGAGUGUGGAGGCAGAUAGCGAAAACGAAAUUGAAGAAGAAACUGAAGCUAUUGAGCCUUGUCACGACAGACAGCGGCAACGAGGACGAAUUUGGCGAUCGCCUUCUAACCAACGAUUGAAUCUUUUGACCACUGGUGCAACUUGAAUUCGUCGAUUGGUAUGUGUUUGUUUGGCAUUAAAUGUGGGUGGAGGGAAAGGCUGGAUGCAAAUAUAGCUACAAAUGAGGCAUAAUGAUGCAAUAUGUACAUACAGCGAGCCUAAAUAGCAUGUUAGCAUCGAUUAGCAUGCCGUGACCAUUGAUAUGUCUGAUUAGCACGCUCCAAGUAAGUCAACUUGAAUCCAUCCCUGUUCGCUUACAAAGGUCUGCUGAUAAUGUUCCCCUUUAAAAAAAACCUUGAUCUUUAAAGUUUCAAAAUAAUGAUCAGUAAACCGUGGAGAAGGAGUAGGAUUAAAAAUAAGCUCUGCCCUGUCCUUACUCUUUUUUUUUUUUUUUGGUCCUGUUUAAAUGUUGUAAGUGUAAACAUGUGAUGUUUCGAAAUGUUAAAAGCAUGUCCAAGACAAAGUAAAAAAAAAAAAAAAAACAUUAUCCAGUAUGAACCCUGUUUCCAUAUGAGUUGGGGAAUUGUGUAAAUAUAAACGGAAUACAAUGAUUUGCAAAUCCUUUUCAACCCAUAUUCAGUUGAAUAUGCUACAAAGACAACAUAUUUGAUGUUCAAACUGAUAAACAUUUUUUUGUUUGCAAAUAAUCAUUAACAUUAGAAUUUGAUGCCAGCAACACGUGACAAAGAAGUUGGGAAAGGUGGUAAUAGAUACUGAUAAAGUUGAGGAAUGCUCAUCGAACACUUAUUUGGAACAUCCCACAGGUGUGCAGGCUAAUUGGGAACAGGUGGGUGCCAUGAUUGGGUAUAAAAACAGCUUCCCAAAAAAUGCUCAGUCUUUCACAAGAAAGGAUGGGGCGAGGUACACCCCUUUGUCCACAACUGCGUGAGCAAAUAGUCAAACAGUUUAAGAACAACGUUUCUCAAAGUGCAAUUGCAAGAAAUUUAGGGAUUUCAACAUCUACGGUCCAAAAUAUCAUCAAAAGGUUGAGAUAAUCUGGAGAAAUCACUCAACGUCGGAAACCAACAUUGAAUGACCGUGACUUUCAAUCCCUCAGCAACACUGUAUCAAAAACCGACAUCAAUCUCUAAAGGAUAUCACCACAUGGGCUCAAGAACACUUCAGAAAACCACAGUCACUAAAUACAGUUUGUCCAUACAUCUGUAAGUGCAAGUUAAAGCUCCACUAUGCAAAGCGAUAGCCAUUUAUCAACAACAUCCAGAAACGCCGCCGGCUUCUGUGGGCCUGAAAUCAUCUAAGAUGGACUGAUGUGAAGUGGAAAAGUGUUCUGUGGUAUAACGAGUCCACAUUUCAAAUGUUUGUGGGAAAUAUUCGACAUCGUGUCAUCCGGACCAAAGGGGAAGCGAACCAUCCAGACUGUUAUCGACGCAAAGUUCAAAAGCCAGCAUCUGUGAUGGUAUGGGGGUGCAUUAGUGCCCAAGGCAUGGGUAACUUACACAUCUGUAAAGUCACCAUUAAUGCUGAAAAGGUACAUACAGGUUUUGGAACAACAUAUGCUGCCAUCUCAGCGCCGUCUUUUUCAUGGACGCCCCUGCUUAUUUCAGCAAGACUAUCCCAAGCCAUUCAGCACAUGUUACACCAGUGUGGCUUUGUAAAAAAAAGAGUGCAGGUACUUUUCUGGCCCGCCUGCAGUCCAGACCUGUCUCCCAUCGAAAAUGUGUGGCGGAUUAUGAAGCGUAAAAUACGACAGCGGAGACCCCGGACUGUUGAACGACUGAAGCUCUACAUAAAACAAGAAUGGGAAAGAAUUCCACUUUCAAAGCUUUGUCACGCCAAAUUUCUUCCCCCCUACGAAAAUCUUCCCCCCGGAAGACAUUUGGCGUGACAAACCCUCUAAUGCCUGAACGUCCCCAAUGAGGGUGGAAGGACCUUAAAGCAGCCCACACAGCUGCCUGUUUUAAAAGCAUUAUAAUUGGCUGACUGUCAUUGGUGAAAAAUAACGGUAAGGAAAAAAUAUUAGCAUUCCAGCAUGCUAACCUUUCAAGCUAUUUUUACUUCGCUAAUUUUGUAUCUGUAACCCUUAAGAGUCAUAUAACUUGCUUAAAGCAGCCCACACAGCUGCCUGUUUUAAAAGCAUUCUAAUUGGCUGAUUGUCAUUGGUGAAAAAUAACGGUAAGGAAAAAAUAUUAGCAUUCCAGCAUGCUAACCUUUCAAGCUUUUUUUGCUUCGCUAAUUUUGCAGCUGUAACCCUUAAGAGUCAUAUAACUUAAUUAAAGCAGCCCACACAGCUGCCUGUUUUAAAAGCAUUAUAAUUGGCUGAUUGUCAUUGGUGAAAAAUAACGGUAAGGAAAAAAUAUUAGCAUUCCGGCAUGCCAACUUUUCAAACUAUUUUUGCUUCGCUAAUUUUGUAUCUGUAACCCUUAAGAGUCAUAUAACUUGCUUAAAGCAGCCCACACAGCUGCCUGUUUUAAAAGCAUUAUAAUUGGCUAAUUGUCAAUGUUGAAAAAUAACGGUAAAGAAAAAAUAUUAGCAUUCCAGCAUGCUAACCUUUCAAGCUAUUUUUGCUUCGCUAAUUUUGCAGCUGUAACCCUUAAGAGUCAUAUAACUUGCUUAAAGCAGCCCACACAGCUGCCUGUUUUAAAAGCAUUCUAAUUGGCUGACUGUCAUUGGUGAAAAAUAACGGUAAGGAAAAAAUGUUAGCAUUCCAGCAUGCUAACCUUUCAAACUAUUUUAGCUUUGCUAAUUUUGCAGUUGUAACCCUUAAGAGUCAUAUAACUUGCUUAAAGCAGCCCACACAGCUGCCUGUUUUAAAAGCAUUCUAAUUGGCUGACUGUCAUUGGUGAAAAAUAACGGUAAGGAAAAAAUGUUAGCAUUCCAGCAUGCUAACCUUUCAAACUAUUUUAGCUUUGCUAAUUUUGCAGUUGUAACCCUUAAGAGUCAUAUAACUUGCUUAAAGCAGCCCACACAGCUGCCUGUUUUAAAAACAUUCUAAUUGGCUGAUUGUCAUUGUUGAAAAAUAAAUGUAAGGAAAAAAUAUUAGCAUUCCAGCAUGCUAACCUUUCUAACUAUUUUUGCUUCGCUAAUUUUGCAGCUGUAACCCUUAAGAGUCAUAUAACUUGCUUAAAGCAGCCCACACAGCUGCCUGUUUUAAAAGCAUUAUAAUUGGCUGAUUGUCAUUGGUGAAAAAUAACG